GCUUCCACUAUUACCACAAACAGAAAGUGAGAGGCAGACUUAAUGAUAUAAGAAACUUUGACAAGGACUACUGCAAAGAAGGGAGGAAAAGUAAGGAAAGAAAAAAGUAGAAUGAAAGAGAGAUAUUAAAAAGAGAAGAGACAGAAGACUCCCAGAGUGAGACGGGGGACCCUGUAAACAGACAUGAAUAAUCGCUCCAUCGCCUGGUGGCUGAGACAGAUUGGCCUGCCCCAGUACACCAAGAUACUUGAGAGUGAAUAUUAUGGUCUGGAGGGUUUGCUGAAUGUGACGGACGGAGAGUUGAAGGAUGCAGGGAUAGAGGAUGCAACACACAGAGAAACCAUCCUCAACCAGCUUUCAAAACAGAGAGAGCGAAUGGAGCCACACUACGCUUCAAUUCUAACGGACAGUCAAGACAGCGGUGGGCAAGUCAUAAAGCGCAGAGUGAACCGAAAAUAUUCCCUGGGAUCGUCCAUGGAUCUGGAGAGGCCGAAGGAUCUGUUUCGUCAGAGUGUUCUGCCCCGCCUCCAGCGCGCUGACAAGAAACAUCGCCUGUCGGCCUCCUGCUCGCAGCUCCGCCCCCUGGAUGAGGACAACAUCAGUAACAAUGCCUGUCAGGACAGCAAACACAGCAAGAGGAGGAGUGUCGCUGCAUACUUCAGCCAGCUGAAGGUGUUUGGCGGUCGAAAAGAGAUGGACUCACUGAAGAAGGAGCUGGAAGAAGAGCUGAAGCUUAGCACUGAUGACCCAAGGAGCCACGCGUGGUACCACGGACCGCUGAACCGAGAGGCUGCCGAGUCUCUGCUGGAGAGGGAUGGGGACUUUCUGGUCCGAGACUCGAGCUCCUCCGCUGGCGACUAUGUUUUGACCUGCUUUUGGAAGAACAGCCCCAUGCACUUUAAAGUCAUACGAGUGGUCCUCCGACCCAAAAAGGGCUACUCUCGGGAGCUGUUCCAGUUUGAGGAGGAUCGCUUUGACAGCGUUCCCGCUCUCAUUCGUUUCCAUGUGGGCGGGCGUCGGCCCAUCUCCCAGGGUUCGGGCGCUGUCAUCUUUCACCCAAUCACACGGACCCUUCCUCUGCGUGUCAUCACCGAGCGACAGGCUAAGUCCAAAAGCAGCUGUAAUAAAGUUGCAGGUGGAGAAAAACAGACCGAGCUUAGCAAAAGACGCAGCCUCAGCUCCACACAUGCCGACACACUGGAAGCUGCAAAUCCGCUGCUGAGAAGUGGAAGUCAUCCUGCAAACUUGGAGAACGUGGGACGGAGGCCUUCACUUCAGACUGCACAGUCUGACAGCAACCUACGAACUGGUGUUCCACAGAACCCUCAGUCUGAGGACACUAGCCCUGCCCAAAUCUCCCCCGUGUUUCGGACAGGCAGUGAGCCCCUUCUGAGCCCACAGCCACGACACGCACGACCUUCCCACCCAGGUGGUGGUGCAACUUUAAGAGGUUCAGAUGGGCAGCUACACCCCAGAGCUCCUCCUAAGCCUCUCAGGGUUUCUACUGUUUUCGCCAAUACUGUACCUCCCCCACCCAGAGACCGGGAUGCAGACCCCUCCUCUUUCUACGAUGAGCUGGUCAUCCGGGUGCCACAGAGCCAGCGGAAAGGUCAUGUGGAUCGGCUGCGUGCGGAAGAAAAGUGGCAGAGUCGUGCCCGCCUCACAGAGACUUCCUUUGGCUUUUUGGAGGCUGAGAAAAGAGAAGCCUCCUCACAGCUGCUGUUUGACAAACAGUUCCAGAAGAAGGCAGAGAAGGAAGUGGAGGACUGGCACUUUGAACGACCACAUAUGGAGUCACAGUCGUGUUUCCAGUUGGAUCAGUUUGAGUCGCUGCUCUUACCUGAGAAUAACCGACCUCUGGAGAACAGCGUCCUGGUGACGCUGAAAGAGCUCUUUACCCAAUCAGACCCUAAAACCAUGGCUUUGCACAUGCUCAGCGUUGACUGCCAGGUAGCACGCAUCAUCGGGGUGACCGAUGAGCAGAAGAGGCUAAUGGGAGUUGGCUCAGGGCUGGAGCUUGUCACUCUGCCACAUGGACACCAGUUAAGACAGGAUUUAUUAGAGAGGCAUCAUCUAAUAGCACUGGGAGUCGCAGUGGAUAUCCUGGGCUGCACAGGGAGGGUGGAGCAGAGAGCAUCUGUUUUACACAAAGUAAUCUUAUUGGCUCAGGCCCUGAAAGAGCACACCCACAACUUGUACUCUUUCUCAGCUGUGAUGAAGGCUCUGGAGAUGCCUCAGAUAACGCGACUGGAGGCGACAUGGAAAGAGCUGAGGAGGGAGUACACAGAGAGCGCAGUUUUAUUUGAGAAGAAUCUCAAACCUUUCAUGAAGUCGCUGAAUGAGGGAGAUGGCUCUGUAGUCCAGGGCCCCAUAGCCUUGCCACAUCUGGUUCCACUGCUGAUGCUAAUGGAGGGCGAGGACCCAGUAGAGGACAGCGAAAGAGGCUGUCAGCUACUCUACGAUGUCCUCCAAUCUGCUCGCAGCGCUGCGUUGCAUGCCCAUGAUUAUCAGGAGCACGCACACGCUCUGCUCUCAGGAGGCUGGGAGCCAAUCCCCAAACUGCUCGAGGCUUUCCGCACAGAGUUCGCCCUGCGGCUGUUCUGGGGUCAGCUGGGCGCAAGAGCAGACAGGAAGGAGCGAUAUGAGAAGUUUGAUAAGGUGCUUUGUGUCCUCUCAAAAAAACUGGAAUCUAAAGACAACCCGAACCUUUAACCUGAGCCUCAGCCCUCCGUUUCUCUGAACAGAGAGCGAAAUCGGCACUUUUUUCACUUGAGGAAAACAAGUUUUUAGCCGAGCCUCUGUGUGCUGUGGAGGUAAAGGAAGAGACAUCUCAACUGGGAGAUAAAACAGAAAGAGCAAAAAGUGUUUUUCUUUUCCUGCACUUGCUGAGAAAUGACUGGAUGUCGAGCUCGUCAAACAACAGCUUAACAACUUUCUUUUUCUUUUCUUUUCUUUUUUAACUGGAAUGUGUGCGCAGACCUUUAUUGUGAAAUAGGCCUGCGCCAGAUUUCAAAAUUGCUUUUCCAAAAACUGGAAUGUGUUUACAAAAUGUACAUUUCUGAUCCUUUUUUUAAAAAUCAUUGUUUAAAGAAGCCUCACUGGAUACUCUAUUUUUCACUUCGGUGUUUCGAUAGCAUAAAUAAAAGUUUUCCUUUGUCA